GUCAGGGCAUCCCAGGCGAAGCCGGCCAGAGAGAAGCCCCUAUCCUGAAGGUUGCGGGGCGGGAGGCCUGGGGCACCCCACUCAAGCCGCAGACCAGCGACUGAGCUGCUAGCGACCUUCGAAGUAAAUCAUUCUCUUCGUUUUUACCAACGGGUAAAUCGAGUUUCAGAAAUUCUGAAGUGAAACCAGGAGUCUGUGAGCCCUGGCACCUCCGCUCAAAGAAGAUGAAGGAUAUUGACAUAGGAAAGGAGUAUAUCAUCCCCAGUCCUGGGUAUAGGAGUGUGAGGGAGAGAACCAGCACUUCUGGGCAGCACAGAGACCGUGAGGAAUCCAAGUUCAAGAGAACUCGACCGUUGGAAUGCCAAGAUGCCUUGGAAACAGCAGCCCGAGCUGAGGGUCUUUCCCUGGAUGUCUCUAUGCAUUCUCAGCUCAGAAUCCUGGAUGAGGAACAUCCCAAAGGAAAGUAUCAUCAUGGCUUGAGUGCUCUGAAGCCAAUCCGGACCACUUCUAAACACCAGCACCCAGUGGACAAUGCUGGGCUCUUCUCCUGUAUGACUUUCUCAUGGCUUUCUCCUCUGGCCCACGUGGCCCACAAGAAGGGGGAGCUGUUAAUGGAGGAUGUGUGGUCUUUGUCCAAGCACGAGUCUUCCGAUGUGAACUGCAGAAGACUAGAGAGACUGUGGCAAGAAGAGCUGAAUGAAGUUGGGCCAGACGCCGCCUCCCUGCGAAGGGUUGUGUGGAUCUUCUGCCGCACCAGGCUCGUCCUGUCCAUCGUGUGCCUGAUGAUCACGCAGCUGGCUGGCUUCAGUGGACCAGCCUUCGUGGUGAAACACCUCUUGGAGUACACCCAGGCAACAGAGUCUAACCUGCGGUACAGCUUGCUGUUAGUCCUGGGCCUCCUCUUGACGGAAAUUGUGCGGUCUUGGUCGCUGGCACUGACAUGGGCAUUGAAUUACCGAACUGGUGUCCGCUUGCGGGGGGCCAUUCUAACCAUGGCAUUCAAGAAGAUCCUAAAGUUAAAGAACAUUAAAGAGAAGUCCUUGGGUGAGCUCAUCAACAUUUGCUCCAACGACGGGCAAAGGAUGUUUGAGGCAGCUGCCGUUGGUAGCUUAUUGGCUGGAGGACCUGUUGUUGCCAUCUUAGGCAUGGUUUAUAAUGUAAUCAUUCUGGGACCAACAGGCUUCCUGGGAUCAGCUGUUUUUAUUCUCUUUUAUCCAGCAAUGAUGUUUGCAUCACGGCUCACUGCAUAUUUCAGGAGAAAAUGUGUGUCCGCCACAGAUGACCGUGUCCAGAAGAUGAAUGAAGUUCUCACCUACAUUAAAUUUAUUAAAAUGUAUGCCUGGGUCAAAGCAUUUUCUCAAAGUGUUCAAAAAAUCCGAGAGGAAGAGCGUCGGAUAUUGGAAAAAGCUGGGUACUUUCAGAGCAUCACUGUUGGUGUGGCUCCUAUUGUGGUGGUGAUUGCCAGCGUGGUGACGUUCUCUGUUCACAUGACCCUGGGCUUCGAUCUGACAGCAGCACAGGCUUUCACAGUGGUGACUGUUUUCAAUUCCAUGACUUUUGCUUUGAAAGUGACACCGUUCUCAGUAAAGUCCCUCUCAGAAGCAUCAGUUGCCAUUGACAGAUUUAAGAGUUUGUUUCUAAUGGAAGAGGUUCACAUGAUAAAGAACAAACCAGCCAGUCCUCACAUCAAGAUAGAGAUGAAAAAUGCCACCUUGGCGUGGGACUCCUCCCACUCCAGUAUCCAGAACUCGCCCAAGCUGACCCCCAAAAUGAAAAAAGACAAGAGAGCUGCCAGGGGCAAGAAAGAGAAGGCGAGGCAGCUGCAGCACACUGAGCACCAGGCGGUGCUGGCAGAGCAGAAAGGCCACCUCCUCCUGGACAGUGACGAGCGGCCCAGUCCCGAGGAGGAGGAAGGCAAGCACAUCCACCUGGGGAACCUCCGCUUGCAGAGGACACUGUACAACAUCGACUUGGAAAUCGAGGAGGGGAAACUGGUUGGAAUCUGUGGCAGUGUGGGAAGUGGAAAAACCUCUCUCAUUUCAGCGGUUUUAGGCCAGAUGACACUUCUAGAGGGCAGCAUUGCAAUCAGUGGAACCUUCGCUUAUGUGGCCCAGCAGGCCUGGAUCCUCAAUGCCACCCUGAGAGACAACAUCCUCUUUGGGAAGGAAUUUGAUGAAGAAAGAUACAACUCUGUGCUCAAUAGCUGCUGCCUGCGGCCUGACCUGGCCAUUCUUCCCAACAGCGACCUGACUGAGAUUGGCGAGCGAGGAGCCAACCUGAGUGGGGGGCAGCGCCAGAGGAUCAGCCUUGCCCGGGCCUUGUAUAGCGACAGGAGCAUCUACAUCCUGGAUGACCCCCUCAGUGCCUUAGAUGCCCAUGUGGGCAACCACAUCUUCAACAGUGCUAUCCGGAAGCACCUCAAGUCCAAGACGGUUCUAUUUGUUACCCACCAAUUACAGUAUCUGGUUGAUUGUGAUGAAGUAAUCUUCAUGAAAGAGGGCUGUAUUACAGAAAGAGGUAGCCAUGAGGAACUGAUGAAUUUAAAUGGUGAUUAUGCUGCCAUUUUUAAUAACCUGUUGCUGGGAGAGACACCCCCAGUCGAGAUUAAUUCGAAAAAGGAAGCCAGUGGUUCACAGAAGAAAUCACAAGACAAGGGUCCUAAAACAGGAUCAGUAAAGAAGGAGAAAGCAGUGAAGCCAGAGGAAGGGCAGCUUGUGCAGCUGGAAGAGAAGGGGCAGGGUUCGGUGCCCUGGUCAGUAUAUGGUGUCUACAUCCAGGCAGCUGGGGGCCCCUUGGCAUUCCUGGUCAUUAUGGCCCUUUUCAUGCUGAAUGUGGGCAGCACAGCCUUCAGCACCUGGUGGUUGAGUUACUGGAUCAAGCAAGGAAGUGGGAACACCACAGUGACUCGAGGGAAUAGGACCUCUGUGAGCGACAGCAUGAAGGACAACCCUCUCAUGCAGUACUAUGCCAGCAUCUAUGCCCUCUCCAUGGCCGUCAUGCUGAUUCUGAAGGCCAUUCGUGGAAUUGUCUUUGUCAAGGGCACACUGCGAGCCUCCUCUCGGCUCCAUGACGAGCUUUUCCGAAGGAUCCUUCGAAGCCCUAUGAAGUUUUUUGACACUACUCCCACAGGGAGGAUUCUCAACAGGUUUUCCAAAGACAUGGAUGAAGUUGACGUGCGCCUGCCGUUCCAGGCUGAGAUGUUCAUCCAGAAUGUUAUCCUGGUGUUCUUCUGUGUUGGAAUGAUCGCAGGAGUUUUCCCAUGGUUCCUGGUGGCGGUGGGGCCCCUUGUCAUCCUCUUUUCAGUUCUGCACAUUGUCUCCAGAGUCCUGAUUCGAGAGCUGAAGCGUCUGGACAAUAUCACGCAGUCACCUUUCCUCUCACACAUCACGUCCAGCAUACAGGGCCUUGCCACCAUCCAUGCCUACAAUAAAGGGCAGGAGUUUCUGCACAGGUACCAGGAGCUACUGGAUGACAACCAGGCUCCUUUCUUCUUGUUCACAUGUGCAAUGAGGUGGCUGGCUGUGCGGCUGGACCUCAUCAGCAUUGCCCUGAUCACCACCACUGGGCUCAUGAUUGUUCUCAUGCAUGGGCAGAUUCCCCCUGCCUACGCAGGCCUUGCCAUCUCUUAUGCUGUCCAGUUAACAGGGCUGUUCCAGUUUACAGUCAGACUGGCAUCCGAGACAGAAGCUCGAUUCACCUCAGUGGAGAGGAUUGAUCACUACAUUAAGACUCUCUCCUUGGAAGCACCUGCCAGAAUUAAGAACAAGGCGCCCUCCCCUGACUGGCCCCAGGAAGGAGAGGUGACCUUUGAGAAUGCAGAGAUGAGAUACCGAGAGAAUCUCCCUCUGGUCUUGAAGAAAGUGUCCUUCACCAUCAAACCUAAGGAGAAGAUUGGCAUUGUGGGACGGACAGGAUCAGGGAAGUCCUCUUUGGGGAUGGCUCUCUUCCGACUGGUGGAGUUAUCUGGAGGCUGCAUCAAGAUUGACGGAGUAAGAAUCAGUGAUAUUGGCCUUGCUGACCUCCGAAGCAAACUCUCCAUCAUUCCUCAAGAGCCAGUGCUGUUCAGUGGCACUGUCAGGUCAAACUUGGACCCCUUCAAUCAGUACACCGAAGACCAGAUUUGGGAUGCCCUGGAAAGGACACACAUGAAAGAAUGUAUUGCUCAGCUACCUCUGAAACUUGAAUCUGAAGUGAUGGAGAAUGGGGACAACUUCUCAGUGGGGGAGAGGCAGCUCUUGUGCAUAGCAAGAGCCUUGCUCCGCCACUGCAAGAUUCUGAUUUUGGAUGAAGCCACAGCUGCCAUGGACACAGAGACAGACUUACUGAUACAAGAGACCAUCCGAGAAGCAUUUGCAGAUUGCACCAUGCUGACGAUUGCCCAUCGCCUGCAUACAGUGCUAGGCUCUGAUAGGAUUAUGGUGCUGGCCCAGGGACAGGUGGUGGAGUUUGACACCCCAUCAGUCCUUCUGUCCAAUGACAGUUCCCGGUUCUAUGCCAUGUUUGCUGCCGCAGAGAACAAGAUUGCUGUCAAGGGCUAACUCCUCCCCACUGAUGAUGUCUUUUCUUUGGAGCAUUGCCAUUCCCUGCCUGGGGCGGGCCCCUCAUCGCGUCCUCCUGCCGAAACCUUGCCUUUCCCGAUUUUAUCUUUCGCACAGCAGUUCAGGAUUGGCUUGUGUGUUUCACUUUUAGGGAGAGUCAUAUUUUGAUUAUUGUAUUUAUUCCAUACUCAUGUAAACAAAAUCUAGUUUUCGUUCUUAAUUGCACUCUAAAAGGUUCAGGGAACCGUUAUUAUAAAUGUAUCAGAGGCCUAUAAUGAAGCUUUAUACAUGUAGCUAUAUCUAUAUAUAAUUCUGUACAUAGCCUAUAUUUACAGUGAAAAUGUAAGCUGUUUAUUUUAUAUUAAAAUAAGCACUGUGCUAAGAACAGUGCAUAUUUCUUUCUAUCAUUUUUGUACAGUUUGCUGUACUAAAGAUCUGGUUUUGCUAUUAGACUGUAGGAAGGGUAGCAUUUUGUUCUUCUCUAGCUGGUGGUUUCACAGUACCAGGUUUUCUGGGUGUCCAAAGGAACACAUGUGGCAAUAGCGGGCCCUCCUGCGGCCCCUCUGUGGCCUCUGGCAGCCACUCCAGGGCAGGUGGGGUGGGGCUGCAGGGGGCUGUGCAGAGCGCCGUGAAUUCUCAGGGCUCCUGCUUUCUGUCCUGUUGUCACUGUUUCUGUCAGAAGAGCAGUGGGCAAAGCCCCAGACCCCUUUUCACCCCCUCCAUCAGGAAUGAGAAUCACAGAGACAUUUCUCAGAGAGAGGGGAGUUCCUUUCCUGCCUUCCUCUUUUUGCUGUCAUUUCUAAGUGAGAAUCAGUCUAUUCACAGAGUGUCCCACUGCCUCAGGUUCCUAAUGCUGGCCACUGCACAGAGCUCUCCAGCUCCUAGACCUGUUGGCUCCAAACCCAGGAGCCAGCUGCUGCUUCUUUAAGUGGUACUUUUUUGGUUGCCUGUUCCCACACCUCCACAGUUCAGUGACAGGGUUCAGGAUUUUGUGAGUCUGUUUUCCUUUCUCACCGCAGUUGUCACACAGUCUCUCUGUCUCUCUGUCUCUCUGUCUCUCUCUCUCUGUCUCUCUCUCUCUCUCUCUCUCUCUCUCUCCCUCCCUCCUCCUCUCCCUCCCUCCAAAGUCUGCAACUUUAAGCAGCUCUUGCUAAUCAGUGUCUCACACUGGCGUAGAAGUUUUUGUACUGUAAAGAGACCUACCUCAGGUUGCUGAUUGCUGUGUGGUUUGGUGUGUUUCCGCAAACCCUCUUUGUGCUGUGGGGCCGGUAGCUCAGGUGGGCAUGGUCACUGCUGUCAUCAGUUGAAUGGUCAGCGUUGCAUGUCGUGACCAACAAGACAUUGUCGCCUUAGCAUGUUUGCUGAACACCUUGUGGAAGCAAAAAUCUGAAAAAGUGAAUAAAAUUAUUUUGGAUUUUGUAAAA